AUGAACUACUCGCUCCUGCGCUCGCUGGGCGACCGUUGCCGCGAGGUGUCUGUCUUGCGCACCGCCACAGAGGCAGCUCUGGCCCUGGGCGCCGUGCGCCAGGCCUUGUCCUUUGGCCUUGAUGCCUUGACCACUUGCCGAAAGCUGCAAGAUCGAUUUUCAGAGGCCAAGGUGCUGUGCCUCGUGGCCAAAGCCCGUGGGGCGUGCAAUGAAUCGGCCAGCUGUGCAGCGGCCCAGGAAGCGCUGGCUAUCUACGAAGACCUGGAUCUGAAAUCCUUGCAGCUUGAAGCACUUGAGGCACUUGCAGCCGCUUGCAAGGGAAAGCAGACCCCGCUGGAAGCAUCGAGCUGCGCGGAGUCAUUGGCAGCCAAAUUUCAGGCAGCUGGCAUGACAAAGGUGCAGCUUGCACUGGAUUUGCGGCAUGAAAAGAAAUCCUGA